GCAACCUCAGUAUUCAUAUGCAGUCCGACAAGCAUUUGAACAACGUGCAGACCCUGCAGAAUGGCGGCACCGAGCCGGUGUACAACCAUUCGGUGCCCGUCUCCAGCGCCAACCUGAGUAGUUGUGGCACCCCAUCCCCAUCCAAGACCAAGCAGAAGCCCACGUGGCGCUGCGAGGUAUGCGACUACGAGACCAACGUGGCGCGCAACCUGCGCAUCCACAUGACCAGCGAGAAGCACAUGCACAACAUGAUGCUGCUGCAGCAGAACAUGAAGCAGAUCCAGCACAACCUUCACCUGGGCCUGGCCCCAGCCGAGGCAGAGCUGUACCAGUACUACCUGGCCCAGAACCUGGGCCUCACCGGCAUGAAGCUGGAGAAUCCGGCCGACUCUCAGAUGAUGAUUAACCCAUUCCAUUUGGAUCCCACCACAGCUGCUGCGUUGACCCCAGGUGUCGUAAAUAACGAGGUGGCAUCAGAGAUCCGUCUCACCAGCGGUCAGCUACCAGGUGACGACCUGUCUGUCCUCUCCGCCGGGGACCUGUCACCCUACAUCAGUGACCCUCUGCUGAAGCUGUUUCAGUGCGCCGUCUGCAACCGCUUCACGACGGACAGCCUGGAGGCCCUGAGCGUACACGUGAACACGGAGCGCAUGCUGCCCCAGGAGGAGUGGAGGGCCGUGAUCGGGGACAUCUACCAAUGCAAGCUCUGCAGCUACAACACGCAACUCAAAGCCAACUUCCAGCUGCACUGCAAGACUGACAAGCACAUGCAGAAGUAUCAGCUGGUGGCACACAUCAAAGAAGGCGGCAAGGCCAACCAGUGGAGGUUAAAGUGCAUCGCCAUCGGAAACCCCGUGCACCUGAAAUGCAACGCUUGCGACUACUACAGCAACAGCGUGGAGAAGCUGCGGCUGCAUGCCAGCAGCCAGCGGCACGAGGCGGCGCUGAAACUCUACAAGCACUUGCAGAAGCAGGACUGCACGCUGUCCGGAGACUCCUGCCAUUACUACUGCACCCUCUGCGACUACUCCAGCAAGGCCAAACUGAACCUGGUGCAGCACCUGCGUUCCGUCAGGCACCAGCAGGCCGAGGGUCUGCGCAAGCUGCGCAGGCACCAGCAGGGACUUCCGGCCGACGAGGACGACCUGGCAGAGGUGUUCUUCGUCAAGGACUGCCCUCCCAACGAGGCCGAGGAGCCGGUCGAAGACUCAGAGGCGCCCCCUAGGUCCGUCGCUCUGGCCACGGCCGACGACAGAGACACCAGCGAGAGAGACGGCAAGGAAAGCAAGAAGGCCGAAAAAGAACCCAGGAUUAAUGCGCUGGAUAAAGAGACUGCAGGUACGGCUGCGAUAGGAAAGAGGUCUCUGUCGCAGGAAAAGGAGAAUGACGCCUCGGCAAAGAGGCCAAAAUCGGCAGAGGACAAGACGGCGAGCAGUGAGCAGGUUCAGCAGUGCCCAUACUGUAAUUACAGUAGCAAAGAUGGAAAUCGCAUCCAGAUGCACAUUAUUUCCCAGCAUUCCAUGCAGCCUGUCAUCUGCUGCCCCCUCUGCCAAGACCUGCUCAGCAACAAGAUCCACCUUCAGCUUCACCUUACUCACCUCCACAGCGUGGCUCCAGACUGCGUGGAGAAGCUGCUCAUGACCGUUUCGGGACCAGAUGUUAUGAUACCUAACAACAUGCUGUUACCUACAUCCACACAAGAUAAAGUCCCAUCUCUUGUGGACACUUCCACUGCUUUACCGGAGGUCUCAGGAAAGUCUCAGAGUGACAGUUCCAGCGAUGAGAAGAAUAGUGCUUCGCUGGAUAGGGGUGAACAGGAGCUUUCAAACGAGGAACUGAAGCCGCCAAAGGAAGCCUCUGAGGCACCAGACUGGAAGAAGAGUGGCAGCCAGGACCCAAAGAGCGCAGACCCGCUGCAGGAGCACCUGACCGAGCUUCAGAAGCGCCAGCCGCUCUCCGUGUCUGAUCGCCAUGUCUACAAGUUCCGCUGCAACCACUGCAGCCUGGCUUUCAAGACUAUGCAGAAGCUUCAGAUCCAUUCCCAGUACCACGCCAUCCGGGCUGCCACCAUGUGCAGCCUGUGCCAGCGCAGCUUCCGGACGUUUCUGGCCCUCAGGAAGCACCUGGAGACAGGGCACCCGGAGCUGAGCGAAGCAGAAGUGCAGCAGCUCUGCAGCACCCUUCCCGUCAACGGGGACCUGUGUUCCGAAGAUGCCCGGCCACUCGAGGAUGCUCAGAUGUUUUCACAGGACAUGGAUAAAGACGAUGAGCUAGACCCAGAAGGGAAAGCCAGCCCAACGGGCAGUGACAGCAGCUCGUUGCUGGAUGAGUUGGGCUCAGAGCCAAAGCGGACUUUGCCAUUCCGAAAAGGGCCCAAUUUCACUAUGGAAAAGUUUUUAGACCCUUCCCGUCCGUAUAAGUGCACGGUGUGUAAGGAGUCCUUCACCCAGAAGAACAUCCUGUUAGUCCAUUAUAAUUCUGUCUCACACUUACACAAGCUGAAGAAAGUUCUGCAGGAGGCGUCGAGUCCAGUUCCCCAGGAGACCAACAACAAUGUUGAUAACAAACCAUAUAAAUGCAAUAUUUGUAAUGUUGCUUACAGCCAAAGUUCAACGCUGGAGAUCCACAUGCGAUCUGUGCUCCACCAGACAAAAGCCAGAACUGCCAAAAUGGAAACCAGCAGCACUGUAGUGAGUGGAAACAGUGGAGUGACGUCCUCUAACAGCCCUGUUAGUCAAGGAAGCGUAGACUCCACAGGCUUAACAGUGUCAGCUAACAAAGAAAACAGUGUAGAAGCCAAAGAAAUCAACAAAAAGCAUGCUACCGAUCAUAUUCCUGUCCAGCCCACCCAGCCACCGGCCCAGUCACCAGCACAGCUUCAGAUGCAGCUGCAGCAUGAGUUCCAGCAGCAGGCUGCUUUCUUUCAGCCGCAGUUCCUGAAUCCAGCCUUCUUUCCUCACUUUCCAAUGACCCCCGAGGCUCUGCUGCAAUUCCAGCAGCCCCAGUUCCUCUUCCCGUUCUAUAUUCCCGGCACAGAGUUCAGCCUCAGUCCCGAGCUGGCACUGCAUUCCGCUGCCUUCGGGAUGCCUGGCAUGACGGGAUCCUUUCUCGAGGACCUGAAACAGCAGAUGCAGCAGCAGCACCAGCUGGGCCAGCAGCACCUUCAGCUAUCCCAACAACAGCAGGCUUCUCAGAUGCAGCAGCAAAAAAUACCGCAGCAGACAAGCAAGCCCAAGACCGAGCAGAACAGUGCGUCAGUCGCUGAGCUUCAGAUGUCCAGGGAAUCGGAGGAUAUCCAGGAGAAAGCAGAAAACAAGUCUAAACAGGAGACUUCAAGGGAUGGCGAAAGCUCAAAGGACAGCAAAGAUUCCAAAAAACAAAAGCUUUCAGAGCCCCUAUUCCCACCACCUCGUAUUGUCUCAGGUGCAAGAGGCAAUGCUGCUAAAGCUUUAUUGGAGAACUUUGGCUUUGAGCUGGUCAUUCAAUACAACGAAAACAGGCAGAAAAACCAGAAGAAGAACCGAACCAGUGAGGAGGAGGCCCAUGAUAAGCUUGAGUGCGGGAUGUGUGGAAAAUUCUUCUCCAACAUGCUCAUUCUCAAGAGUCACCAAGAGCAUGUUCACGGACAGUUCUUUCCUUAUGGAGAGUUGGAGAAGUUUGCCCAGCAGUACAGAGAGGCAUAUGACAAACUGUAUCCCAUAAACCCAACAUCUCCGGAGACUCCUCCACCACCUCCGCCCCCGCCUCCGCCUCCACCACUGCCAUCACCAUCGCAACCAACUGCCACCUCUAUCGGAAAGACUCCAACACCCAACACUGCCCCUUUGCAGACCACGCAGCCUCCAGCACCGCCGCCACCUCCGCCCCCACCACCACCUCCACCUCCAUCUACUGCUCCUCCCCAGGUCCAGCUACCUGUGUCCUUGGACCUGCCUCUCUUCCCACCACUCAUGAUGCAGUCAGUACAGCACCCUGGCCUCCCUCCUCAACUUGCUCUCCAGCUGCCCACGAUGGACUCCCUUUCAUCAGAUCUUACGCAGCUCUGUCAACAACAGCUGGGUUUGGAUCCGAACUUCCUCCGACACUCACAGUUUAAGCGCCCUCGCACCCGGAUCACAGAUGAUCAGCUGAAGAUCCUUCGUGCCAACUUUGAUAUCAACAACUCCCCCACCGAAGAGCAGAUUCAAGAAAUGGCUGACAAGUCGGGCCUCCCGCAGAAAGUUAUUAAGCACUGGUUCCGGAACACACUUUUUAAAGAGAGGCAGCGCUGCAAAGAUUCCCCUUACAACUUUAGCAUUCCUCCCAUCACCACUUUGGAAGACAUUAGGAUGGAAUCCCAGUUUGGCAUACCGGAGUACUACAAAACUGAUGGCAACAUGAAUAAGAGGUCAUCUAGGACUCGAUUCACAGACUACCAGUUAAGGGUCCUUCAAGACUUUUUUGAUACCAAUGCUUACCCUAAGGAUGAUGAGAUAGAGCAGCUCUCUACAGUGCUCAACCUGCCAACUCGAGUAAUUGUCGUGUGGUUUCAGAACGCACGCCAGAAGGCUCGUAAAACUUAUGAGAAUCAGGCAGAUGCAAAGGAUGGCGACAAAAAGGAACUUACCAAUGAGCGCUACAUUAGGACCAGUAACAUGCAGUACCAGUGUAAGAAAUGCAGUGUUGUUUUCCCCCGCAUUUUUGACCUCAUUACUCACCAGAAGAAACUGUGUUACAAAGAUGAGGAUGAUGAUGGGAUUGAUGAGAACCUGACUGAAGAAUAUAUAGAUGCUUUUGACCAAUGCAGUCAGAAAAGUUUUGGGUACCCAGAUUUAUCCAAAGUCCCGUUUGGAACAGCUACAAGUUCUGGGUCAAGUUCUCCUUUAAUGCCUUCACCUCGCCCUGACAUGGGGAAAACCUCACCUAAACCGGAAUUAACCAGUGAAAGACCAAAGCAAGCAGAGGCUGUUUCCUCACAAGUGAUAAAAUCUUUAUCAGACUCAAGACCAUCUAAGGCAUCAACUCCUCAACCACAACACAAAACUCCCCAGCUCCAAAUGGUCAGGCCACAUUCUCAGCCUCAGUCAGCUACCAUCCCAUCCAGCCCUUUGUCUAUUGCCCUCUCCUCUUUGUCAAACAGCCUACCUCCUCAGAUGUUGCAGUACCAGUGUGACCAGUGCAAAAUUGCCUUCCCUACUGUCGAUCUCUGGCAAGAGCACCAGCACAUGCAUUUUCUAGCAGCCCAAAAUCAGUUCCUCCACUCACAGUUCCUAGAAAGACCCCUAGACAUGCCCUACAUGAUCUUUGAUCCGAACAACCCCCUUAUGACUGGGCAGUUGCUCUCUGGAGCACUCUCUCAGAUGCCAACACAGAGCAGUUCAACACUACCCAACCCCCUAGUUUCUGGUACCACUUCUCUGAAGCGCAAAUUUGAUGAAAAAGAAGAAAACAGUGCUAAUGAGAAAGAUGGAGGAAACAGUGGUGAAGACCAGCACAGGGACAAACGCUUGAGGACAACCAUCACGCCAGAGCAACUUGAGAUCCUGUACGAGAAGUACCUGCUUGAUUCUAACCCGACUCGAAAAAUGUUAGACCACAUUGCUCAUGAAGUCGGCCUGAAGAAGCGAGUGGUGCAGGUUUGGUUUCAGAAUACCCGUGCGAGAGAAAGGAAAGGACAGUUUCGAGCUAUUGGACCUGCCCAGUCACAUAAAAAAUGCCCUUUCUGCAGGGCACUUUUCAAGGCUAAGUCAGCUCUGGAUAGUCACAUUCGUUCCAGGCACUGGCAUGAGGCGAAACAGGCAGGAUUUAGUUUGCCUCCAAGCCCUGUGAUGACACAAGAGGAUGGACGUGAAAGCCCAAACAAAUACAGUUUCUUUGAAUAUCCACAACUGCCAACCAAGUCAGAAACAAGUGAGUAUGAGGUGCCCACUGCAUCUUCUACACCAGUAAAACCUUCUGAAUCACUGGUAAAAAAUUUCUUAAACCCUUCAUCCUUAAAGGCAGAAAGCAGUGAUGAAAUUGAAGGGUUUAAUAUGAAUUCUGCUGAGGUUUCCUUUGAUGUAACAAAGACAGAUUUUGAUGAGACCUCAUCAAUUAACACAGCUAUAAGUGAUGCAACGACUGGCGAUGAGGGGAAUAACGAAGUUGAGAGUGUAAGUGGCAGUGCAGGUGACAAGCUAGGAGAACUGAAAAUGAAUCCCGCACCAAACUCUGAAGCCUGUGAAGAACGUUUUCCGUUUAACUUAGUCAGCCAGUCUUUGGGUUACACUGGUAAAGACAGCGAACAGUAUUUCAGCAUGCGAGAUGACAACCAAGAUGACAAUGCAGAUCAAAGCGAGACCUCAAGCUUGGCAGAUCCAAGCUCGCCCAGCCCUUUUAGUGGCAGUAACCCCUUCAAAUCUGGAAAAGGUGGUGGGGAGAGGCCUGGUCAUAAACGCUUUAGGACCCAGAUGAGCAACCUGCAGCUGAAGGUGCUUAAAGCAUGCUUUGGUGACUACCGUACACCAACAAUGCAGGAGUGUGAGAUGCUGGGAAAUGACAUAGGACUCCCAAAGCGGGUUGUGCAGGUUUGGUUCCAGAAUGCCCGAGCAAAAGAGAAGAAAUUCAAAAUAAACAUUGGGAAACCAUUCAUGAUAAGCCAGGGCUCGCCGGAAGGGCCACGGACUGAGUGUACCCUGUGUGCAGUGAAGUAUACAGCCAGACUGUCUAUCAGAGAUCAUAUUUUCUCUAAACAGCACAUUGCAAAGGUGCAAGAAACACUGGGCAGCCAGGUGGACAGAGAAAAAGAUUACCUUGCUCCUACCACUGUUCGCCAGUUGAUGGCACAACAAGAAAUUGACCGUAUGAAGAAGGCAACAGAUGUUCUUAGUUUGCCAGCCCAGCAGCAGGCCAUGGUUGAAAACAAUGCACUUCAUGGCCUUAGCCUGCCAACUGGUUACCCAGGAAUCCCUGGCCUCCCGCCCGUACUACUUCCUGGUGUAAAUGGUCCUUCAUCCCUUCCCGUUUUUCCACCUAACACACCUGCUUUAGCGUCCCCUGGUGCUGGCAUGCUUGGGUUCCCUACUCCAGCCACCCCGUCUCCCGCCAUGUCUCUCAGCAGUGCCCCAACCAAGAGUCUGCUGCCGACCCCCCCUCCGCCACCACCUCCUCCUCCUCCUCCCGUUCCUUCGGUUCCCUUGGCAAACCAUCAGGCUGAGCAGCACGGCAAAGAACCGGAGAAAGAGAAGAAGCCGGAGAAGUCCAAGAAAGUCAAGGACAGAGAUGCUGAGACGUCGCAGCCCGAGACUCCCGCUGUGAAGAAAAGCGAGCAAACCUCGGCGGUGCUUUCGGCGAAAGGGAAAGGUGGUAGUGAGGCUCUGUUAGACCCCGCGCAGCUCCAGAUGCUUCAAAAUGCCGUCGCUGGCGACCCCAGCGCCUUCUUGGGGGGACAGUUCCUGCCUUACUUCAUCCCUGGGUUCGCAUCUUGCUUCUCACCCCAGCUUCCCGGCGGAGUGCAAGGGGGAUACUUCCCUCCUCUGUGUG